AUGGUGGUUAAUGCUCAAGGCUUCUCUGGUGAGAAGGCUUGGCUGAGAGCUAUUAACCUAUCAAUCGUAUGUGCUACUCUUGGAACUACAGGAUCAGUGGCAUUCGACAAUCUUCGGGAGAUCGGACAAGUAUGUGAGAAGCAUGGUGCUUGGUUGCACGUGGAUGCAGCGUAUGCGGGCAGUGCCUUCACGUGCCCUGAGUAUAGACACUGGUUAGAUGGCGUGGAGCUGGCGGAUUCCUUCGCUUUCAACCCUUCCAAAUGGCUGAUGGUCAACUUCGAUUGUACUGCUAUGUGGGUGAAAGACAGCACUGCUCUUCACAGAACUUUUAACGUGAACCCCAUAUAUUUGAGGCACGAGAAUUCAGGAGCUGAUAAUCCGACUAUCACCAUCAAUGGAGAUUCAAACCAUAAAGUUAUAGAACUACAAACACCAAAAGCCGAUAAUGGCAUAAAUGGUGAUAACGGACAUAGCGAUAACGGAAAUAGGGAUAGCGAAAAUGGCGAUAACGAAAAUGGUGAUAACGAAAAUGGCGGUUUUAACGGUGAUGAUGACGACGGCACCCUUCAUGGUUACAACAAAAUAUCCCAAGGUUGUGGCGAUCAGAUCCAACUGGAAGACCCUAAUAAGAAGGAGAUGCUACAUUGGCAAAUACCUCUGAGUCGUCGUUUCCGAGCCUUGAAGCUGUGGUUUGUGCUCCGUAAUUAUGGUGUUUCUGGCAUACAGAAGCAUAUUCGUGAGGGUGUUCGUCUGGCGCAGAAGUUUGAGGCUCUGGUUCUGGCUGAUCAGCGCUUUGAAAUACCUCAACCGAGGAACUUGGGCAUGGUAGCCUUUCGCCUCAAAGGCGACAAUGCCUUGACUGAAAGACUUCUCAAACGUCUGAACGCUCGCGGCUACAUGCACGCCGUGCCAGCCUGCUUCAAGGGAAUCUACGUCAUCAGGUUCACGGUCACCUCGUCGAGGACUACCAACCAGGAUAUCUUGGAUGAUUGGAACGAGAUUAAGACUGUUGCUAAGGAGAUCUUGAUGGAUGUGUUUGGUUCAGAAAACGGUAACAUCGCGGUGCCUAAGAAACCCAGGAUUUCUUUGAAGGAAACUCGCGAGCUGAAUGCCACCUUCGGGACCAGCUUACUCCUCGCCAACAGCCCCAUGAGCCCUAAGAUUGUCAACGGCACCCACGCUGCCAUCUGCGACUACGAACAGGUCCUGACUUCCUGUGCUCAGACCUUCGCUCAACUGAAAAUGGAACCUAAGGACAGUCCUGAAAUGCGCCGGCGCAUCCGAGGGAUCAAGAUGUGUGGGAAGAAGUUCUCUCUGGACUCUUGCAUGGAUAUGGUGCAGGGUAUGAUGGUGGAACAGUCUUUGCCACAGUGCUGUGAGGACGAGAGAGAGGAUAACUCAAACGGAUCCAGUCCCGGUGACAAGUCUUCAAUCUCAUCAUCACCAGUGACAUCUAUUGGUACACACAAACAAGAACACUCCGAAACAAACCAACUUCAAGUACCACUAGCGCCAUCUAGGCAAUACAGAUCGAAAUCCGUGGACGUCUCACUCGCUGGCUUGUCGCUAGAUGACGCUAAAAUAACAAUUGACGUUAAAAAUAAUGAAAUAAUCAUUACUCCAACUAGUUCUAAAGAUGUAGCUGAAGAAUUGUCGGCAGCUAAAUCGAACUACAGCGAAAUUGAAGAGAAAUUGAACAUUGGCGAUAAAAUAACGCAAGCGUUUGAAAAUUUCCAAGAUGGCCUCCAAAUGUUGAGUGAAUAUAAGAAUACUGUUGAGAAAGCCGAGGAUUGUAACACAAAGUUGACUAUAAGAGGUCCUGGGAGUUACAUCAAGAGGUUGAUCCAACAGUUUAGUGAGGGUCCAUUCGAGGGAGAGGACCCAAAACCUGAAUCCGAGAGGGCCAUGUCUACUCAAACGAUUAAAGAUAAAGCCGACGCGAUUUGCAAAAAAUGUUUGCAUUACAAGGGAAAGAUUUCAAAGUAAUUUCGCUGUAAUUCGGUCUUUAGGGCUGAUUUUUCAAUGGUUAGAAAAAAGUUA